AUGAAGAAUACCAGCCAGUGCUCGGAGGAGGAGGAGGACGAGCAGGAGGAGGAGGAGGAAGAAGAGAAGGAGGAGGAAGUGGAGGAGGAGGAGGAACUGGAAAAGGAGGAGGAGGAAGUUGAAACGGAGGAGAAUGAAGGGGAUGAGGAGGAGGAGGGGGGGGAAGUCGAAUACUGUCUCACUGACAAUGUGGAUCACAACUUUCCUUCCUCUGGCGAUUCUGACUUGUUAAAAAAUAUAUUUAGAUUGACAAAAGAAUAUGGAUAUGUUUUUAGAGCCUGGAUGGGUCCUUAUCUAUUUGUUCUUGUUGCUGAUCCCGUAUUCAUAGAG